CGCUGUCCCCGCGACUCCGGCUGCCGUCCCGGACGAAGUGGACUCGGGGAGGGCCCAGCCUCCGCGCUCCGCCCCUGGCCCGGCGGGACCCGGCUCGGCGCGCCCUCGGCAGAGAGCCCUCCUCCCCGGCCAAGGUAGAGGAAGUUGGGCUCCCGCCUGGCUGGGAGGCGGGAGGGAGCUCGCUCCUGUUGUUUUCCGCUGGCGGGAGUGGGCAGGCGGGCACAGGGGGCGGGGUGCGUCCUCCCUCCCCGGCUAGGGCGCUCGGGAGCGGGGACCCGCGCCUGCAGCCGAGCGCCGCUCCCGGCCGCAGACACCCUGCUCCGCCGAGCAUCCUUCCUGGGGGCCGACAAAGUGGGGCCACUCUGCCGUUCCGAGGACCUGGGAGGAGCCCGCGGUCCCCCGGGCGUCGGGGCCCUGGGGCGCACACAUCCAGCCCAGCCGGAGCCUGCGUUUCCCGAGCCGGGAUCUGGGGCGAGAUGGCCGCAGGCGGCCGUGCGCCCGAGCCCCGCGUCCUCGUCUGCCUCGGGGCGCUCCUGGCCGGCUGGGUCGCCGUAGGAAGGAAUUUUCCCGGGCACCCGGUGCGGGUCGAGAUACCUCCAGCCUCUUGGGGCGGGCAGCCGGCGAGGCUGCGGAGGACCCGAGCCGAGGUGGCCAGCGGCCCCUAUCAGAUUGAGGUUCACAUCUCGGCCACCGGCACACUCCCCAACGGCACCCUCUACGCAGCCAAGGGUUCCCAGGUGGACUUCAGCUGCAAUAGCAGCUCCUGGCCGCCCCCCAUGGUUGAAUGGUGGUUCCAGGCCCUGAAUUCCAGCAGCGAGUUUUUCGGCCACAACCUGACAGUCAACUCUUUCUCCCUGUUGCUGAUGUCGCCAAACCUCCAAGGGAACUACACCUGUUUGGCCUUGAAUCUGCUCAGCAGGAGACAUCGAAAGGUGACCACCGAGCUCCUGGUCUAUUAUCCCCCUCCGUCAGCUCCCCAGUGCCGAGCACAGAUGGCAUCAGGAUUGUUCAUGCUGCAGCUCACCUGUCGCUGGGCUGGGGGAUACCCUGACCCUAACUUCCUGUGGAUAGAAGAGCCAGGAGGUGUAAUCGUGGGGAAGUCAAAGCUGGGGGUGGAAAUGCUGAACAAGUCCCAGCUGUCGGACGGCAAGAAGUUCAAGUGUGCUGCGAGUCAUGUCGUUGGGCCAGAGGCGGGUGCCAGCUGUGUGGUGCAGAUCAGGAGUCCCUCCGUUCUCUCUGAGCCCAUGAAGACUUGCUUCGUGGGGGGCAAUGUAACGCUCACCUGCCAGGUGUCUGGGGCCUACCCUCCUGCCAAGAUCCUGUGGCUGAGGAACCUUACCCAGCCCGAGGUGGUCAUCCAGCCCAGCAGCCGCCAUCUCAUUACCCAGGACGGCCAGAACUCCACCCUCACCAUCCAUAACUGCUCCCAGGACCUGGACGAGGGCUACUAUGUCUGCCGGGCUGACAACCCCGUUGGGGUGAGGGAGGUGGACAUCUGGCUGAGUGUAAAAGAGCCUUUAAACAUCGGGGGCAUUGUGGGAACCAUUGUCAGCCUCCUUCUACUGGGACUGGUCAUUAUCUCAGGGCUUAUGUUGUAUCACAGCCCCGUGCUCUGCUGGAAAGUAGGAAACACUUUCAGGGGCCAAAACAUGGAUGAUGUCAUGGUUUUGGUGGAUUCAGAAGAGGAAGAGGAGGAGGAGGAGGAAGAUGCUGCAGUAGAAGAGGAGGAAGGAGCACAAGAGAGAGAGGAGUUCCCAAAAGAAAUACCCAAGCAGAACCACAUUCAUAGAGUGACCGCCUUGGUGAAUGGGAACAUAGAACAGAUGGGAAAUGGAUUCCAGGAUCUACAAGAUGACAGCAGUGAGGAGCAAAGUGACAUUGUUCAACAAGAAGACAGACCAGUCUGAAGACGACGAUGCUCCAUGGUUGUCUUGUUCUGAACGCUUGGAAAGCUACAUUGAAGAUGAGCUCUUCAUUCAGCUUUGACUUGAUCUACACCCCUGAUGGGGGGCUGGCACUAGCAACGUUUGGGUCUUAGCAAAAAACAAAAUCAAGCGCACACAUCUUUCCUUCCAUUUAUUGAAAAACAUUGGUUUGGUUUGCUCUAAGUAUUCCCACCGAUGUUUAAAAGCUUUGAGAAG